UUGCACUUCUCGCCUUCCACUGUUUUCAAUUGUCAGCAUUCCAGGUACUGUUAUUUGCCAGGGAUGCGGCAACCCCAACUAUCAGUGCUCUGGUUGCAGUCCAGAAAUAUGCACGCCAAAGUCAGGGAUGAUGUGAUUUGUCCGAAUCUGCAGAGAAGAGCUUGACAACUCACAUCCACAUCGAUAUGGUGGACUUUGGCGGGGGCUAUAUAGUCUACCCCGGCUGUCUCAGUUGUGGCAUCCAUUCUAAUUCUCCAAAUCAAUCGGAAAUAUCUAUUCAGAAUGCAUUCCUCGGCGACUUUUCUUCUGGCAGCUGUUGCCUCCACUGCGUUGUCCUCCCCUCUCCAGGCCAGAGAUGUACCGGCAGGUCAGCUCAUCACUGGCUGCACGGAGCCAGGAACGAUAGCCUUCACCUUUGAUGACGGCCCAUCGGAGUACACCAGCCAACUGCUGGAUCUCCUUGCAGAGUACGACGCUCAAGCUACCUUCUUCGUUCUAGGAGACACUGCUUCUGAGAGCGGCGAUCUGCUCCAGCGCAUGCAGCGUGAAAGCCACCAGAUCGGAUCUCACACCUACGACCACCUGAGCCUUAUCACCCUGAGCGAUGCGGAAAUUGAAGCUCAAAUGAACCGGCUUGAUGACGUUCUCGUGGAUUUGAUCGAGGAAAGACCAACCUACAUGCGCCCGCCAUAUUUCGACGUCGACGACCAUGUGCUCCAAGUGUUGGGCAACCUUGGGUACAAGGUCAUCACGGCGGAUAUCGACACCAAGGACUACGAGAACAACGACGAGACCCAAAUCGACGUCAGCUUCGACAAGUUUGUCAAUGAGCUGGAUGCCGGGGGUAGCAUUGUGCUGUCUCACGACAUCCACUACUGGACAGUCUACAAACUGACAGAGGAGAUGCUGAUUGAGGCUCAGAGCCGAGGGCUCAGAGCUGUCACGGUUGGCGAGUGCCUGGGAGACCCCCUGGACGAAUGGUAUAGGCAAUAGAUAGGCAACCCUAUACUUAUCGCUGCCUAGCCUAAUCUAGCGAUGAUAAUUCUAUGCUCGGAAAUAUUUUUAUUUAAUCCUAAUCGUGGCGAGUUUAUACUCACUGCCGUUAAUUUAAUCUGUUGAUAUUGUCACAACCACGAUAGUCCCAAACCUCGUCAGCUGUAGUUCAAUUCAGCCCCUCGUAUAGUGUAUUCAGCUUGUAUAAUAUCUCAAGGCACUUGUAUAAAAUAUCUUCCUUUCAGCGCAGGAUCUGCGGGGU